AAUUGUCUAAAAGGACAUGGCAGCAAUAGCUAUCCCUUUAUAAGGUUGCAUUGGCCAUGCAUUUCUUAGUGCACCAUAAAGAACAAAAAAUAUUAAAAGAGUUUGCUUUGCUUUGCUUUGUGUGUGCGUGUGUCAAAAAAGAGAGGAGGAGCUAGGAAGAUGGAGAUAGCACCAUGGGUUCGAGUCCUCGUUCUUGUGGCUUGCCUGUUUCCGGCAUCCGUCGAGUGCAUGGUUAGGCACUACAAGUUUAAUGUGGUGAUGAAGACAGCCACUAAGAUGUGUUCAACCAAGCCAAUUGUUACUGUGAAUGGGAAGUUUCCUGGACCUACUCUUGUUGCUAGAGAAGAUGACACUGUCCUUGUCAAGGUGGUCAACCAUGUUAAAUACAACCUUAGCAUCCAUUGGCAUGGGAUUAGACAAGUGCGCACUGGUUGGGCAGAUGGACCAGCAUACAUAACCCAAUGCCCUAUUCAGCCAGGGCAGAGCUACGUAUAUAAUUUCACACUUACUGGCCAAAGGGGCACCCUAUGGUGGCAUGCCCAUAUUCUCUGGCUUAGGGCUACUGUUCAUGGUGCUAUUGUUAUCUUGCCCAAACGUGGUGUUCCUUAUCCAUUCCCAACACCAGAUAAGGAAGAAGUAAUUGUACUAAGUGAGUGGUGGAAAUCGGAUGUAGAAGCUGUGAUCAAUGAAGCUUUGAAGUCUGGUUUGGCCCCAAAUGUCUCAGAUGCUCACACCAUCAAUGGCCAUCCAGGACCUGUCCCAGCUUGUCCUUCACAGGGAGGAUUCACCUUACCAGUACAUUCAGGCAAGACAUACAUGCUUAGGAUAGUCAACGCUGCACUUAAUGAAGAACUGUUUUUCAAGAUUGCUGGUCACCAACUCACAGUAGUUGAGGUUGAUGCCACAUAUGUCAAACCCUUCAAAACUGACACAAUUGUAAUAGCACCAGGCCAAACCACCAAUGUUCUUCUAACCGCAGGACGCAGUUCUGGCAAGUACCUAGUUGCAGCCUCCCCUUUCAUGGAUGCUCCAAUUGCAGUAGACAAUGUUACUGCUGUUGCCACCUUACAUUAUUCAGGCACCCUUUCUAGUUCUGCCACCACCCUCACCGCCACUCCGCCUAAAAACGCCACCUCCAUAGCGUCAAACUUUACCAAUGCACUUCGCAGCCUGAACUCCAAGAAGUAUCCUGCGAAUGUACCAUUGAAGAUUGACCAUUCCCUUUUCUUUACUAUCGGUCUUGGUGUCAACCCUUGUGCUACAUGUGUUAAUGGCAGCCGUGUUGUGGCGGAUAUCAAUAAUGUUACCUUUGUUAUGCCAACCAUUGGUCUUCUUCAAGCUCAUUUCUUCAACAUCAGUGGAGUUUUCACAGAUGAUUUUCCCAGUAACCCGCCGGUAUCAUACAACUAUACAGGGACACAACCGACAAACUUUCAGACAACGACCGGGACAAGGCUUUAUAGACUUGCUUAUAACUCUACAGUGCAGCUAGUUUUACAAGACACCGGCAUGAUUACACCUGAAAACCACCCAAUUCAUUUGCAUGGUUUCAAUUUCUUCCAAGUUGGGAGAGGAGUCGGUAACUUCAAUCCCAAGAAAGACCCAAAGAAUUUCAAUCUUGUUGAUCCUGUGGAAAGGAACACUGCUGGAGUCCCUUCUGGUGGAUGGACUGCUAUAAGAUUUAGAGCUGAUAAUCCAGGGGUGUGGUUCAUGCAUUGCCAUUUGGAAGUUCAUACAACAUGGGGACUGAAGAUGGCAUUUGUGGUAGACAAUGGGAAAGGCCCCAAUGAAUCUCUUCUGCCUCCUCCUUCUGACCUACCCAAGUGUUAGACAAAUCCAAAGUUUUUAUUUUAACAGAGAAAUAUACAUAUGCAAAUUACACAGGAACAAACGGAGAAAAGGUUGCAGAAGAAUUACCGAGUUUAGAGCUAAUAAUAAGAAGAGUUCUUUUGAGUAAACUGAAUUUAAGUUCAUGCUCCUCAGAUUUGUUGAAACAAAAUAAACCUGAAUUACAUUUACUUUUGUUUUUCCUCUUUUCUGGAUUUCUUUUUUGUUGCUUUGGCUCUAUAAAGUUGCUUUCCAAAGGCUGUAUAUCUAUGUAAUUAUGCAACUCAUAUAUACAUUACAGAUCUUUGUGUUCA